AUCAUCAUGGCGGCUAUCGUGAGGUUAAGCUCUAUGUGCCACAGAGGAGUUCAACCUCUGUUCUACCGAAGCACCCUCCUUGCCAGACCACUGGUUAUACCACAUAAAGACCAUGAGCGGCCCUACCUUCUGUCAGCAAAGCUCCAUUCGUCCCAGGCCCUUUACGCUGGCUCUGGCUCCAAAGCUGCCUCUCUGCACUGGACAGCAGAGCGAAUGCUGAGCAUCCUGCUUCUAGCUAUGGGACCUGUGGCUUACUUCUACCCAGGACCUGCCAUGGACUACUCACUCGCUGCUGCCCUCACUCUGCAUGGACACUGGGGUAUUGGACAAGUGUUGACAGACUACGUUCAUGGAGAACCAAAGGUCAAGAUUGCCAAUGCAAGUCUCUUCCUCCUGUCCACUGUCACCUUUGCUGGUCUGUGCUACUUCAACUACAACGAUGUGGGCAUUUGCAAAGCUGUUGCUCUUCUAUGGAGCAAAUAAACACAAGACUGAGCACUGGGAUUCUUGGGAGGGGUGACCUAAGCACUGGGACAAGAGCAGUCCUGUCCUAGCUGAUUGUAAACAUUCAAGGGAUUCUGUGUAAAUGCUUAUAUAAAUAUCAUUUUUAACAAAAUACAGUUAUUGACAAGUGUAAUUGCAAUUAAUUUUGAACAAUCCGGACUUUUUUUCUUUUUUUCCCCACCUUGUUGCUUGAUUCAGCUAUAUGGAAGAGUAAGUGAACAGCUCUUGCAUAUUUUUCAUGUCAGUGAUCUGCUGUUGUUGGUGUGCGAUGUUAAUUUUAUUUUGGAGUCCUCUUACCUUCUUAUCCAAAAGCCAACAAUUAUCCGGUGAUUAAGUGGCUUGUGAAGCUUCAAAAAUAUUUUUAGUAUCCCUCUACCAAAUUUACAAAAACAACCUGACACAGAAUUGAUGUUAUUUAUUGAUUGGUGAAGUUUGGAAAAAACCCAGCUCUGUCAAAAAUGGCUAACAACUUUUAGAAAGUGGUAAAAGAAUAUCGUUUGCCAUGUAAUUUAUUUUGUCAGUGUUCCAGCUCUUUUUGUGAAUGACAUGAAAUGCAUGUUGUUUGUGAAAAUGUUUGAGAACUACCUUUUGUCCAUUUACCUUUCAUGUUCAGAGGGACAGCAAUACAACUUGAGGCUAAAGUUCAAGACCCUCUGUAGACUCCAUAGCUAAAUGCCCAACUCAGUUGAGGCACUAGGCAACGCUGACUCCGGGGUACAGAUUACUCGAGCCCGAGCAUGCUACAGCUCGACUUUGUGCGAUUUUAUUUUAAAACCAAUACUCUUUGGAAAAGUGGUUGCUUAGCAUGGAGGUAGUGGCAGUAGAAUGUGUGGAAAUCAUCAGUGAAAAUGGGACUUGGGAGUUCAAUGUUCUUGUAUGUUACUUUUAUCUCUAAUGAAAGAUCAGCCCCACUGCUCCACUGUGUUUCUUUGAAGGCAAGGUAGGCCAAAUCUGAUUUUCUUUGUAAAUUUUAAGCCAUCUGGUGGCACAGCAAUGCUGCAGCUCCUGACGUACCAAUGUAUAGUAUUGUGUAUGCUCACUAUCUCACCUUAGCCCCUGUGCUUUGAAGGCUUUCUCUUGCAGGUUAUUUGGCAGUCUAAUUCAAACUGUAAACAUGUCACCUCUAAAUUUUCACUCAUAUGCAUAUAACACAAACAUGCGUUUGAAGAAAAAAAAAGUGCCAGCAUGCAUGUUAUUUAAACUGUCCAGACUAUUUUUAUACCGCUGCAAUAAGUGUCGACAGUAACCCAUACAGGAUAAGUGAAGAAGGUGUGAAAGAUCGGUUUUGGUUGUCUGUCCUCACAGUUUAUGAAGUAAAUACAUCUUAAAAGCUUACAAAUCUAGCAUUAAAUGUUACACUUGAUUGUUGGCUUCAAGGUUUAAUUUGUCAUUGCUGUUCAAUGAUUGUCUUCUCAGACUUCUGCAAUCAAAAUAAGCUGUGGCGAAAAAGUAUCUUGCCUCAGCAGAAUAAAGAUGGAUCUAUGAGUACGUGUCCAUAAAUGUGUUAACAAUAUGGGAAAGGCUUAUCGUAUUGUAUUGUAGGAGUAACUACAUGUAUAAUUGUGUAAAAUAAAGUAUUAAAAUAUUC